AUGAGCAAGCGCCCCGCCGACGCUGCUGCCGACGGCCAGCCCGACGCCCUCAAGCGCGGCGAACGCCCCAUCCAAUCCGACCUGCCCAACGAGGCCGGCGACUUCGAGGACGAGUACGAGGACGAAUUCGAGAGCGAGGAUGAAAUCUUCGAGGCCGGCGUCGACGGCAGGCCCGACGAAGAGCGGGAAGCCGAGGAGCGCGAAGAUGCAAUGGAGGUAGAUCAGGGCACCUUCAUACCCGGCCGGCAUAAGCUGUCGGCCGGCGAGACGCUGGCGCCCGAUCUGUCGACGUACGAAAUGCUGCACAGUCUGGAGACGCCGUGGCCCUGUCUGUCGCUAGACAUAGUGCGGGACCAGCUGGGGGACGAGCGCAAGUCGUACCCGGCGACGGUGUACGCGGUGGCGGGCACGCAGGCCGAGAGCGGGCGCGACAAGGAGAAUCAGCUCAUGGUGAUGAAGCUGAGCAGCCUGAGCCGCAUGGACCGCGAGCAGGACGAGUCGGACGACGAGUCGGACGACGACGAGAGCGCCGACCCCAUCCUCGAGACCAAGACGAUCCCCUUGCCCGCCACGACGAACCGCAUACGCGCGCACCAGGCGCCCCAAGUCACGUCGGCGCAGGCGCCGACGACGCUGACGGCCAGCAUGAUGGAGAACGGCCAGGUGCUCAUCCACGACGUGACGCCGCACCUGACGGCCUUUGACACGCCGGGCGCGACGCUGACGCCCGCGCACGCAAAGCCCGUGAGCACCAUCCGCGCGCACAAGGGCGUCGAGGGCUACGCCGUCGACUGGUCGCCGCUCGUGGCCGAGGGCAAGCUGCUGACGGGCGACUGCGCGGGCAACAUCUUCACGACGACGCGCACGCAGGGCGGCGGCUUCGUCACUGACACGACGCCGUAUGCCGGGCAUCGCGGCACCGUCGAGGAGCUGCAGUGGUCGCCGACGGAGCGCAACGUCUUCGCCUCGGCCGGCAACGACGGCACCGUGCGCAUCUGGGACACGCGCUCCAAGUCGCGCAAGCCCGCCGUCACGGUGCAGGCCAGCAAGACGGACGUCAACGUGCUGUCCUGGUCGCGGCAGACGGCGCACCUGCUCGCGUCGGGCGCCGACGACGGCGAGUGGGCCGUCUGGGACCUGCGGCAGUGGAAGCCCGGCGCGGCCACCAAGCCGUCGCCCGUCGCCUCGUUCGGCUUCCACAAGGAGCAGAUCACCAGCGUCGAGUGGCACCCCACCGACGACAGCAUCGUCAUGGUCGCCGCCGGCGACAACACCCUCACCCUCUGGGAUCUGGCCGUCGAGCUCGACGACGAGGAGAGCAAGGACACGGCUGGCGUCCAGGACGUCCCGCCCCAGCUGCUGUUCGUGCACUACAUGGACCAGGUCAAGGAAGGGCACUGGCACCCGCAGAUUCCGGGUGCGAUUAUGGCCACCGGCGGAAGCGGAUUCGGUGUCUUCAAGACGAUCAGCGUGUAG